UGGGGGAAAAUAUCUAGAUCUAAUUCCCAUAAACAAAUUCACUAGGAUACCAUCUUGACGACAAAAAAUUCUCCCUCGGUGACUUUGAAACCCUGAUUCCAUGCAACCAGUGAAUCCCCACCAGGGGGAACUGGUAGCACGAACAAUUACACGUUCCAAAUUAUGGGACAGAUGGAGAAUAUAAAGGCCAACGCUCGACCCUGCUCGCCUGUCAGUUCGUCCGAUUCCUACGACGGGUUCUCACUUGCGAAUCGAUCUGUUUUAUCGACCGAUCCACAAUAAUCUUUCUCCUAUGUGAAAAAGAUUUUUCGAGCAAGAAAAAUCCAUUCGUCGCGAGAAAAAUCGAGAAAAUGGCGCGGGAGGGAAUGACUCGACUACUGGCAUUGAUUUUCAUCUUCGUUUCAACCGCUUCGGCGGAUAUUAUUUCCUGCGUUGGCAAGGUUUUGCUGAAAUCUGACCAACUAUCCUGUCAAGAUAAACAGCUAAUUUUAGACGAGCAUAAUAAUCUUAGACAAAAAAUAACUUUUGGAAAGAUCCAAGGAAUGCCUAUUGCUGCCAAUAUGAGAGAGCUGAUAUGGGACGAUGAACUUGCUGACAUGGCGCAAAAGUGGGCAAGUAAAUGUGCUGAAAUCCACGAUCCUUUCAGACAUAUUCGCAGGUUCUAUGUGGAACAAAAUAUACUUAAGACAAUUUCAUCGACGCAAUUCAACGACGUACCGAAUUGGCGUCAGACGAUCUACAACUGGUUCAACGAAGCGCAAUAUAAGAGCGGUAUUAGCCAUUACAAUCAGAUAUUCUCGUCUAAUAGUUAUUUAAUAGGCUGUGGCUACACUUAUUAUUAUGAUCCGGCCCAUGGAUAUAUCAAAAACUACGUAUGCAAUUAUGCACCCGGAGACAACGUAAAUGGUCAUUUACCAUAUGAGCGAGGCCAACCUGCCAGUAGCAAUUACGGGAUGACUUUUUCAAGUCGAUACAGAGGCCUUUGUUCUGCAGGAACCAAUAAUUAUCUGGGAACCCGGUGCAAUUAAUUGUCAGCUGUUUAAGUAAAAGCUGACGAAGUAAAAAAACAAAGUUCACAUAUUUUUUAUCGUCUAUCCAAUUUGAUUUGUUGUUGUUCUAGUUUCU